CACACACAAGUUUUUUAAAAGAAUCUACAAACAAAUAAGCCGGUCUGUUUUACGUUGUUUUUGUAAGUUUGUCUGUUUCUCAUUGUUGCAGCCGUUUCUCUAACCAGCAGAUAGCUCCUCUUCGCGUCCUCCAUGGCAAGUGACGAGCUUAUACAAGAGAGAGAUGGCGAGUACCGUCACGGUAAGGCCGUUAUGGUCAGAGGGGUCAGAAUGCCUCAUGUGUACGCCUAUUUGACAGGAUUUGCAGAGUUCAUCGAAAAUUUUACAACCAAAAACGAUGAUGUCUUUAUUGUCGGUUUUCCAAGGUCAGGAACUACUUGGCUUCAAGAGGUCAUUUGGCAGAUCUUCAAUGAUGGAGAAAUUAGUCGCCAUCCUAUUGGUCACCGGGUUCAAUUCUUUGACGAAGCCAAAUUUCCCCACACCACCCAGCCUGACAUCACCACUAGAGCCAGUCCACGCCUCAUGAAGACUCAUCAGCCAUUUCAUGCAAUUCCCAAAGGAACAAGCGAAAACUCAAGAUGUAAAUACAUAUACGUUGCAAGGAAUCCAUUCAAUGUCGUGGUGUCUUAUUACAACUUCGACCUCAAAAUGGCGCCUGUGACGGACUAUGAUGGGCCAUUUGAAUAUUUUGCUGACAUGUUUAUCAAGGGGACAACAUAUUGGGGGUCUUGGACCGAACAUGUUCUGGGAUGGUGGAAACACAAAGAUGAUGACAAUGUUCUGUUUCUCAAAUACGAAGACAUGAAGAAGGACCUACCUUCUCAAAUACGCUUAAUAUGUAAAUUUCUGGGCAAAAACAUAACAGAGGACAUGAUGGACCGCAUAGCUCAACAGUGCACCUUUGACGCCAUGAAAAAUAAUUCAUCGGCUUACUGGAUGAUGACUCGUGAUGGCGAACUACCCAACUUCCUCAGGAAAGGUCAGAUUGGAGGCUGGAAAGAUUACUUCACUCCUGAGUUGAUCCAGAGAUUUGAAAAAGAAGUGCUCGGCAAACUGGAUGGUUCUGGGCUCCAGUUUGAUCUUGGUCGAUGAUUUCAACUGUUGUUGCCACAGAGCAUGCGUGGCUCACGCUGGAAAAUUAGCAACAAUUCUUCUACCAUUCUGUGCUUUGCAGCGCAUCAAUGUGUUUCUCUUUCAAUUCGUUUAAAGUACUUUUUUAAGAAAUUGAUCAAAUUAUUUAGUGUGAACCAUAGGGCCCAUAUAUAUAUAUAUAUAUAUUAGGAAAAUUGGGUUAACCAAACUCAGCUGCAACUGAAGCUGAUUUCCUUCAAGGAGCUAUAAAAUAAUAAGCAAAUUUAGAAUAAUUUUUUCAAGGCAUAACAUAGAGCUAUUAUUAUCUUAGUUUUAUAAAUUUGAUGAAGGGGGUAACUUUCUAUAGAAACUGGUUAGAGCUUUCAAUAAAAACCGAUUACUGUCGUUCUACCACCGCCUAAAAGGCCCCUCAUCAUCGUCUGUCUAACUUGCCAGCAGGCUCUCGUGUUUUGGGUUUCGCCUGACGGCUCCUUUUAUUUCCGGGCACAACCGACUAUCAUACCACUGGCAGCCACUUUUAUUGCAACUGUGGUGCUACGUCGAUAGAGCUAUUAAGAUCAAUUGGUUCUGUCAUUGAGUUGAUGAUGUAAACUAGCCACCGUGGCCAAUUCACAUCAUCAAGUCAGUUGAUGAACUAAAUUAUCUCAAUUUCAUACACUCAGGUUAAUAUCAAACAUGAUAUGAUAAAAUACUGACUCUUGUCAGUUUUUAGGCUUUUUUAAAGCUUGCUUCAGGUAAUUCAGUUGGUUCAGAUUAAAGUAUUCUUACAUCUAUUGUUAUACAGAAGGGCCUUUCGAGAAGAGACGCCAAAGUAAGGCAACUCCUCUUGUUGACAGAGUGCAAUAAUAAUAAUAAUCACGAUAAAAUAAAAUGAAAAGAAAAUGAAUAUCGUACUGGGUAUAUUGGUCUAUGUAAGAAAAAUUGAUGAUGUUACAGUCUCAAGUCCAAGAAUAGGCGCCAAAGCUCUCUCAUUUUAAGAUAAGAGUCGCGGUUGGACAAGAGAUCCUCUCACUCAAGGCGCUCUCAUUCUUUAGACUGAACUCUGAACGGCGUAUAAAGCGGACAAAUUAAGUUGAGAGGAUUUGAGGAAACUGUCAUUGCUUAAGAAAGACUAAGUGAUAACGCACUGGAUCUUUGGCAUGUCUUUCUACGAAAGGAAAUGAAGAUAGACAGUCUACCAAAGAAUUGUUUAAUGAGGACC